UCUCCGGCAUAUUUAUUUUUUUGGAGCAAGCACACCCUGAAUGUUAGCAUGGCUGAAGUAGCAAAUAAAGUUGAAACUGUAGUUUCAGAAACUGUUAAUGGUGAGGUAGAUGAGAAACUUAUCGAAAAUGUGUCUGAAAAUCAAAAUGACGACCCUGUCAAAAAGAAAAAGAAGAAGAAAAAGAAAAAGAAAGCUGAGACUGAUAACACAGAAGAUGGUGAGAAAGACGACGACUUAAAUGAAGUAAAUGACAAAUUAAGUAAUCAGAAGCUGGAGAAUGGAGAACCAGCUCAAGCUACAGGAGAAGCAACUAAGAAAAAGAAAAAGAAGAAAAAAGGAGGUGGUAAACAACAAACAGAUCCACCUUCAAUACCUAUAUCUGAACUUUUUCCUGAUGGAAAUUAUCCUGAAGGGGAAAUAAUGAAACACCCUGAAGUCAAGGACUUUCAGACUGCCAAAGACAGAUUUACAGAUGAAGAAAAGCGAGCGUUGGACAGAGCUAAUACAUACAUUUACCAAGAAGUACGACAAGCUGCUGAGGCCCAUAGACAGACAAGACAAUAUAUGCAAAAUUAUAUAAAGCCAGGUCAGACCAUGAUAGAAAUUUGUGAGACACUGGAGGGUAUAUCAAGAAAGACGAUUAAUGAGAAAGGUUUAGAGGCAGGAUUAGCCUUCCCUACUGGUUGUUCACUUAAUAAUUGUGCCGCCCACUACACCCCUAAUGCUGGAGAUCCUACAGUGUUACAGUAUGAUGAUGUUUGUAAAAUAGACUUUGGAACACAUAUUAAUGGUAGAAUUAUUGACUGUGCUUUUACGUUAUCUUUCAACCCUAAAUAUGACCGUCUGCUACAGGCAGUAAAAGAUGCUACAAAUACAGGUAUAAAGGCUGCAGGUAUUGACGUGAGAUUAUGUGAUAUUGGAGAAUCUAUACAAGAGGUCAUGGAAUCUUAUGAAAUUGAACUGGAUGGAAAAACUUAUCCAGUCAAGUCUAUAAGGAAUUUAAAUGGUCACUCUAUAAGUCCAUACAGAAUACAUGCAGGAAAGACCGUGCCAAUCGUCAAAGGAGGUGAAGCUACAAGGAUGGAGGAAAUGGAAUUUUAUGCCAUAGAAACUUUUGGAAGUACAGGUAAAGGUGUUGUUCAUGAUGACAUGGAAACUUCUCAUUACAUGAAGAACUUUGAAGCUGGACAUGUUCCUUUGAGAGUGCAGAAGUCUAAACAAUUACUGAAUUGUAUCAACCAGAAUUUUGGAACAUUAGCAUUCUGUAGACGUUGGUUAGAUCGACUAGGACAGAGCAAGUACCUGAUAGCUCUAAAGAAUCUUACAGAUGUGGGAAUCAUUGAUGCAUAUCCUCCCCUCUGUGACACUAAAGGAUGUUAUACAGCUCAGUAUGAACACACGAUAUUGUUAAGACCUACGUGUAAAGAGAUCAUUAGCAGAGGAACAGAUUAUUGAUGAAUUCAACUCUCUAUUCUCAUAGAAUACAUAUUAAACAAAAAGAAAUGGUGGAUUUGUUCCUUUUCAAUAAUUUUUGUUCUCUUAUUAAAAAUACAGUCUUUUUAUGUUUAAGCUCCCUGAAUAUAUCCAAAUGUAAAAAUGAAGGUUUUAUGUGAAAUAUUUUUGAUUUAUUUUGUUUUAAAAAAGAGUGAAAAAAAAUAUGCAUGUUAAAAAAGAAAAAAAUCUGAUAAUUUUAAUUUAAAUUUAAGAAGAAAAAAAUAUCUGUAUAUGUCUUUUUAUUCUGAGGUUAAAAAAAAUCAUUUUAUUCUAAUUUUUAUCGAGAAAAUUUUUCCACAUCAUCUUUGCUUCAUGCAGGGAAAUGUUAAAUUCAAAACAAGUUCAAUCUUAAUGGUUGUGUCACCACAUGUUUUGAUCUGUUCUGGAAAAGUAGAACUGUUUUGUUAAUUUUACCUGAGAAAUUGGUCAACUCUGGCAAAGAACAAAGUUCUCUUUAAAAAUUAGGCCAUGGCCACAAUUUUUUUUUCACAGAGAAUAGUGAACGGGUUAUUUGAGAUUUUGGAAUUAUGCUAUAUCUUUAAGCUUCAUUUUUGUUAGCUGAACAAACCAACUGAAACAAAUUGAAAUACAUUGUUUCAUAUGCAUGACUUUACAUUAUUAUAUUUAUCACUUAUAAUGCUUGCAUAUCUUUGUUCAAGGGAUAUAUCUAGAGUUAUCAUUGUUAAAUAUUUAUUUAAAGACACGAUGUAAUCAACAAUGGCUGACAAAGUCUAUAUUACAUGUUAUAUCAAUUUGGGUAACUAAUAUCAGACCUAAACCAGAUGAAUUUGAGUUUUUACGGCAAGUGAUCAUGUCUUAUUGAAUUCUUUACCUAUACAUUUUUUAAUUUAGAACAUUUCAAAAAUGAUUUUAAGUUUCUCACAUCAUUAAAUAAUAUGCUGAUCAAAAACCAAUUAUAGUGAGUUAUUAUCUCCCUUGCUGAUAUUAUGAGUUAAUGAUUGUUAUGUAAAAUGUUGAAAUGGUAAUAUAAAGAAUCAUGUAUGUAAUUUGAUUUACAGCUGAAAUGCAAAUAAAAGUUUGAAAAUGUU